CCGCUCGUUCGAGAGAGAACAAUGAGCGAGGUGUACCUGGCGGUAUAUUCCACGGCGGACUUGUGUCUCGCUCCGAUCGAAACGAUAGUGACCCUCUUUACUAUAAAGUACUGUGAAUCCACGAUAGGCAUCAAGCUGAUACCGAGUAAGCAGGAUUUAACCGAGCGAGCGUACGCGAUAGAUCUCACGAAUUUUGUCUACGAAAUUGUCAACAUAAGCGAAGUACCUUGUUACGCGAACUCGUGCGAGCUACCGAACGUCACUGUGAACGCGGACAGCUGCAUGGCUGGUUUGUGUACAGUAUUGCGGCAGAUUGUAAAGAGCGCGAGUUCCGAGUAUACGAUGCACGACGCUAGUAAGUUGUUGGGCUUCAAGGGCUCCUGCUUGAUGGCUUGUUCCGAGGCGAGCGUGUGGACGAAAUUUUGCGAGGUCGACUUAAUUUUAACUCUCAAGUCUCUGGACACGAGGGAUCCAGAGAGAUCCGAACUGCCCGUCAGCUUAGCCAGAUUCGAGUGCCACAUGUCUCAGCCGGUUAGGCUGCACAAUUUAUACAAGUAUACGAUGUGCAAGAAGUUUGCUGCGCUUGAUAUAACUAGGCGGGACAAGACCGGCCUGCCGGAACACGCGUACGCCGAAGGCGCGUGUAUUACGUUGUCCGACAUAAUUAUAUUCGUCUGCAUGCACAUUCUGCUGAAUACGUUUUCGAGCCAGAUGAUAUCGAAACUGGUGCCCUUGACGGCCAAGUGGUACGAUAGAAUGUUGGCGGAUCGAUUCAUAAUAAAAUGUCUAGAAUGUCUGCCUGUAUCAAGGAGUCGUGAUUCAGACGCGCUCCAGUAUACACUCCCGGUCGUAGUGAACGAGAGUUUAUACAAGAGCGAUCCUAAACGGUACAAGCCAAGAAACCGCAUUUACACGAGACAAGAGGAUAUAGAACACUCGUUGCAGUUGGUCGAAGGCAUGCAGAUCUUGAUGCAGCUCGACGCAGAGCCAUUCGGCGUGGAAGUGAACCUCGACUGGUCCGACGUGCCCUUCGACGCCACGCCGGAAGGUGGUUCGUUGCCGCUCGCGAGGCUGCGGCGAAAGCAGGAGCAGCUGCAGAAUCUGUGCAAACCCGUCCUGAAAUUGGCGAAGGCGGGUGACACUAUUGUGGAUUUCUGUUCGGGUAGCGGCCAUUUAGGAAUAUUGAUAGCGUACUUGUUGCCCCGCUGCACGGUCAUUCUGCUGGAGAACAAAGAGGAGUCGUUGAACAGGGCUAAGACGAGGGUGCAGAGGAUGAAGCUGACGAACGUGAGGUUUUGCCAGUGUAACUUGGAUUACUUUAAGGGGGACUUCGACAUCGGCACGUCGUUGCACGCCUGCGGUUUGGCGACGGACCUGGUGAUUCAACGUUGCAUACGAAAAAACGCGAUUUUCGUGAGCUGCCCUUGCUGUUACGGCUCGCUGCAGGACUGCCAUCGGCUGACGUAUCCGCGAAGCGAUGUUUUUAAGACGCGCGUUAGCAAUAAAGAAUACUCAUACCUGAGUCACGCGGCGGACCAGACGCAUGACGAACUCAACAUUAAGACUAAACAAGGCUACAGAUGUAUGACAAUUAUAGAUACGGACAGGAAACUGUUCGCCGAACAAUUUGGGUACAAGGUUUAUCUCGCUAAAUUAAUUCCAGAAACGUGUACACUUAAGAAUCACUUGUUGAUUGGUAUACCAAAAGGUAAACUAACACGUGGCAAUUCAUGUGACAAUUAAAAUUGCAUCUGCCGAAUGAUUUCUGGAAAUAAGUGGCAUUUGAUUGUGAGAAUAUUGUUUAAUUUGAUCGAUAGCAAUAUACAAACUUUAUUAUAUGUAGUAAAAUAUUUAUUAUAUACGUAUACAUGUAUAUAACAUUUAUUUAUUUUACA